AUGUCUAUUGUAUCACUUUUAGGAAUCAAGGUAUUGAACAAUCCAGCCAAGUUCACAGACCCUUAUGAAUUUGAAAUCACUUUUGAAUGUCUUGAGCCAUUAAAACACGAUUUGGAAUGGAAAUUGACGUAUGUUGGUUCUUCUAGAUCACUUGACCAUGAUCAAGAAUUGGAUUCUAUCCUGGUGGGUCCUAUACCCGUUGGUAUCAACAAGUUCAAAUUCGUGGCAGAUGCACCUUCACCAGAUCUGAUUCCUGCUAGUGAAUUGGUCAGUGUUACUGUGAUUUUACUAUCGUGCUCUUAUAAUGGUAAAGAGUUUGUAAGGGUUGGGUACUACGUAAACAACGAAUACGAUUUGGAAGAAUUGAGAGAGAACCCACCUCAGAAAGUGCCUAUUGAUCAUGUGGUGAGAAAUAUCCUUGCUGAGAAACCAAGAGUUACUAGGUUUAAUAUCGUUUGGGAUAAUGAGGGUGAAGAAGAGUUCUAUCCUCCGGAACAAGAAGAGCCUGAGGAAGAGGAAGAAGAGGAGGAGGAUGAGGAUGAGGAUGAAGAGGCAGAUGAGGACGCUGAAGAAGAUCUUGCAGAAGAAGACGAUGUAGAUGAUGGUGAAGGUGAGGAAACUGCUCCUGAAAAGAAGAAACUGAAAAGGGAUCCAAAGAAAUCUACUGCUUCUGACGUUAAGAACGACGAGGGUGAAUCGCAAGCGGAAUCUUUGGGACCUGAAGAAGACGAGGAAGACGAGGAAGAAGCGGAAGAGAUAGACUUAGAAAAAGAAAGUGAUAGUGAGAAUGAUGCAGAUUUGCCUACGCCGCAGGAUACUACCCAACACAAAUAA